AACCUUUACAAGUUUUGGAUGUAAAUUAAAUAUAAACCUUAAAUACCAUAGGUAGGCUUUAGCCACAUUACUGCAUAUUUGUAGUUACUUAUGUUAAAGGUGGACAGUUAUUGCAGCGCUCCGCCCGCCCGCCCAUCGGCCGCCCAGAAGGCUCUCGCGGGUAUAUAAAGCUCGCGCGCGCCUUCAGCGGCACAUCGCAACACAACCACCGUCGAUCACGAGCUCUCCCAUCCCCCGAAGAUAUCACAGAUCAAUUGCAAUGAUGCGUGGUGCUGGAGGAGCGUUGGCUGUUGCUGUCGCAGCCCUACUUGUCUGCUGCAGUGCUGAUCCCCACCAGGAUCAGGAUGUAAGUGGCACCGAUCACAAUUCUGCUGAACGUUACGACGCCAACGAAUUUAAACAAAAAGAAGAUUUCGAAGAUUACAUCCGCUUUCUGAUGCAAUAUGAAAACAGUUUCGCGGAUCGCAAUGGUCUGAAUGGUCUCGGAGGCCACUCUAUGCUUGGCAGGAACACCAACACCAACGGACUCGGUGGUAGCUCCCUGUUGGGUAGAAACCUUGGCAACCUCGGUGGCAGCUCCUUAAUUGGUAGAGAAUUAAGGUUUGGAGGCCAAGGCAGGAACACCCAUGGAUUAGGAGGAUCAACUCUCCUGGGCAGGAGCACCCUUAACGGUAUUGGUGGUUCUACACUUCUGGGCCGAAACAUCGAAGAAAGUAAAAGAUUCGUCGACUCCCUUGGCGGCAGCAACUUUGUUCGUAACUUGGAUUCUAUCGGUGGAGGUAAUUUUGUAAGGAACUUGGACUCCAUCGGAGGUAGCAACUUCGUGAAGAAGAACCUUGACCAGCUGGGUGGCCCGAACUUAGUCAAGAGGAACCUCGACUCCUUGGGCGGAGGCAACUUCGUGCGUAACCUCGACUCCAUCGGAGGGGGGAACUUUGUGCGAGAGAUUCGGCACACUGGCUACAUGCCGUACCUCAUCUCCAGGAGAUUCGACUACGCCAGCCCGUACGGCGGCAAGCGCGAGCCCUGGCCGGUGGCUCCCAUCGAGUACGCCGGAUAUUACGGAGAUGGCCUCCCUAAGCGCAAUUUCGAUGAAAUCGACCGGUCUGGCCUGGACACGUUCGUGAAGAAGCGCAACUUCGACGAGAUCGACCGCUCCUCCAUGCCGUUCCCCUUCGCCACGAAGCGCUUCUACCACCUGUACGGAACCAACUACCUAGACCUUGAUACCCCUGUUUCGAGCUUGGAUAAGAAGAGGUACAGGCAAGACUACCCCAUGGACGAGAUCGACCUGUCCCACCUGCCCCUCGGCUCCAAGCGGUCUCAGGACAGCUACCCUCUCGUUCCCCGCAAUCUAUUUUAAACAACUGAAUCUCACCGUCCGAACAAAUAACAAUCUCAUGUAAUAGAAUACUCCGGAACUCUGUGAUUAACUAAUAAAACAUUCUAGUCAAUGUUA